AGAAAAAAUAUGAGGAUAGAGUAAUUCUACAUUUUUAGAAGAUAAAACAAAAAAAUCUUCUAUAUUUGCAAAAUGAUAAAACGGAAUGUUCCUAUAGCUUCAUAUAACCAAUCAUUUUUAUUAUUGUUAUUUUUAAAAUGCACAAUUUGAACGUUCAGAGAACAUUCAGAAAUAAUGUUUUCAUAACUUAAUAGGAGCUUAUCAAAAGGUUCCUUGAACAUAUUUUUAUUAGCCUUGUAACUGGACUUUUGACUCAAAAUCCUGUAGCCCCGUCUCCUUUACACGGACGUCUCUACAGUGCUAUACUAUAGCCUACUAUGUAUAUACUCUUCUAAACAUUUAACCUUAAAAAGUGCGUCCACCUGUGUGCUCUAUGAGCGCAGUGCACCUGUGUUGAAAGCUUUUAAGAGGUGUACGCGGGUAUUUUUCCCCUCUGCAAAUAGCAGGACACACAGACAUUGUGUCAGACUCAGUGCAACAACCUCCCUCUCUUUCUCACUCACUCACUCACUCACAGCUGCAGAGAGAAGCAGCGCAACACACACCAGAGUGGAGCCGCCGUACAGCAGCACACACAGCGCAAUGGUGCGUCUCAGGACCGCGUCGCGCAACUUAACUGCGUCAACGCCGAAUGAAACUUAUGGACUUGUGAGGAAAGUCAGUUCAAGCGUUUAUCCUUGAACUAAGAAAAAAUCACAACAAACUAUUUUCACAACACCGCAACGAAUGAACUCAUGGUGAUCUCCACAGAACGGACUAAAGACGCGCCAAGCACGGUCACCUUCGCUGUUGAGGAGACUUCCGAGAGGAUCCCAAGAACAGCAUCGGCUCAGUAACACCGAAACAUUCCUGCCCAGAAGCAACGACCGAUCCGGAUCCCGCAGAUCAAUGAAGAAUGCGCGAGCGCACUCACAGUCGAUGAAGCCGGCGGCGGGAUCAUGCGUGUUCUGCCCGAGCCGAGCUUGCAGUCACUGCGGCUGGUGUUCCUCUUCGUCUUCGUCAUGGAUGUAGCUCCGUCCCCGGCUCUGACAGCCGGCUGCCCGGACCGCUGCGUGUGCGACGACCAGCUGGUGGUCCAGUGCGCGGGACAACAGUUAAGCGACUUCCCCGUGGACCUCCCGUUGGCCACCCGGCAGCUGAUCAUCUCCAAUAACCGGAUCGGCGACUUGCCGGCGCUGCAGCUCAACUACCUGUCGGACCUGGUGUACCUGGACUGCAGCAACAACUCGUUGACGGAGAUCUCCGAGUCUACUUUUGGCAACCUGCGCAAGCUCGCCUACCUGGAUCUGUCUUUCAACAGCCUGACGCAGAUCGAGGACCGGACGUUUGGCCCGCUGGCCAGCCUGGUGAUGCUGAGGAUGACGGAUAACCCGGGGCUGUCGGAGAUCCACCCGGACGCGUUCGCGGAGAACGCGGCGCUGCAGGUGCUAGACGUGAGCCGCAACAACCUGACGGCGCUCAACAUCAGCUCUUUGAUCGCGCUGCCGGCGCUGCGCUCUCUGGGGCUCAGCGGGAACCCCUGGAGGUGCGACUGCGACACGGAGGACCUGUGCCUCUGGAUCCAGAUAGAGGGAUUCAAGUUCCAAGAUGAGGGGCAGACGGUGUGCCAGGGGCCGCCGGACAUGCUAGGUCAGCGCCUGGCGGAGCUGGGCAUGCAGCUGAGAUCGGAAUGCCACCAGGGCCUGGGUUACUGGGACUACCUGUUCUUCAUCGCCAUCGGCUUUGUCAUCUUCAGUGCCGGGACAGUGUCGGCGUGGGUGAUGGGCAUACUCAUGGUUCUGUACGAGCGCUACAGCAAGAGGAAGAGCGAGGAGUUUGACAGCGAGGACGAGGAGGAGACAGUCACCCGAGGGGCAGGAAGUGGAGGAGGAGGGGGUAACCAUGGCAAUGGGGACCUGAGAAAACCAGGCAUGCAGGUGUGACCAGAGGACAUAGGGAUGCUAGGAAAUCUUUGAUGAAAAGAGAGCAAGCUGCGGACAGAGAAAAGGAGUUUCCUUCAAGAGGUUUUAAGUGCACUUUUUUUAGAAUGUGUCAACAUUAGUUUUAGUUUAAGAGAAGGGCAGGACAGACAGAUUAGAUUUAUUUCUAUUCUUAUAGGUGGACUCAGACAGACAGACAGACAGAGAGACAAUUUAGAGGGACACAGUGAACUUGCAGCUGGAAAAUGUUGCUGUUUCUGACAGAUCUGAGGGUGGAUCUUGGUUAAAUGCAUAGAAAUAAUGCUCACACACACACACACACACACACACACACCAAAAAAACACUCUCCCCAGUGUUAGUAAUGUAAUUGGGGCAGGGUGAUAACACUGUGUUUCACACUUAAUAGAGAAACCAUGAGAAGUAAAGAAAAGGAAAAAAAAGAUAGGUAGAGAGGCUUGGAGACUUGUCCAGUAAUCUCAGCUUUUAUUUACUAGCUCGGUCAAAGAAAGUAAUGUAAAUGGAGGAUAUACAAGGCAGUCUCUCAAGACUCAUGCAGUGUGAAAUGAAUGAAUAGAAGAUGGAAGACUUUUCUACACUGUCUACACUCCAACUCCAUGGAAGGCUUAAAAUUCUUUUUAAGGGGUCACAGACUGACUGACUGCUCAAAUGAUUGAUUGAGAACAUUUUAUUGCAGGGCUUAACAAUAAGGUUUUUUCUGCUUGCCCUGUCAGGCUGUUAUUUGACAAAAAACAAUAUAAAUAUUAAUAUAAAUAUUUUACAUUUUACAUUAUAUUAUUAUAAUUAUAAUUAUAAUACAUUUAAAAAAAUAUAAAAAGUUUUUUUAAAGAAUUAAUUCAGCAAGGAUGUAUCAUGAUCCAUCAAUGUAUCAUGAUUUCCACAAGAAUAUUAAGAAGCACAACUGUGUUCACCAUUAAAAAUAAAAAUUGAUAAGCAUUAAUAAGUAAUCAUAUUAUUAUAGCAAAUCAUAUUAAAAUGAUUUCUGAAUGAUCAUGUGACACUGAAGACUGGAGUAAAGAUGCUGAAAAUUCAGCUUCGCAUCGCAGGAAUAAAUUACAUUUCAGACUCUUGUAAUGAAAAAAACAC